CAAGAUUCUUAAUAGAUCCCGAUGCAAUCCUUGCUUUAUGCCGCUACGAGGGGCACUUGUGACCGGCAGUGCCAGGGAUGUGGGCUGUAGUUCGGCAGGCUAAGGCCCACUUCCCGCCUUUGACCCUGCUGCAUGAGACUGCAUGCCGGACGUGCUGUGAACCUGUGUUUGAAAGUCAGAGACGCUCACUGGUGAGUUCAUGGCGGCCAAUCGCUGAAGCUUUGCACUCUGCGAGACUUGUGUCGACGGCGAGUUUCCUGCCACCACCAAAGUCCAGAUGGUCGCCAUCUAACGAGCUGCCAGCAAAGUUGGGGUUUGUACAGUCGCAACGCAGGACGUCCAGAAAGAAGAAUCUAAAAGCAGUGCACCAAAGUCAAAAAGCAACUUCGAACCAGACUUCAAGUCCUCCACGAGCUGCUCGGCAAGCGCUGCGACCGGUUAAAGCCGGAUCUCCUCCUGUGAAGAAAGUGCGGCGCAAUCAAAAGAAGCACCGCCACUCAACCGAUCUGGAGGAUCUCGGCGACGCCCCCAAUUCCCUGCCGCAUUUUGAUAGACAGGUGAAGCGACUCCAACAGAGACCUAUUGCAGCAUUGCCUCGGACUCCACAAUUCUUUGUUCGUUUCGGUCCUCCUAUGACCGCAGAGGACCUCACUCAUGAUGCUCCAUCCGUGUUUGUGGAAUCUCGCAAGUUGCUCGAUGAUGUUCUGGAGAGGCGAGAGAAACUGCAGUCAGCACCUGACUUCGUUGCUCCUGAUACGCCCUUCUGGAGAGUGCCGGCCAAAUUGCGGAAGAAAAAAACACCAAAAUGGCAAGCAAAAGCGGAAGGUGAAGAAGAAACCUCCAAAGCGGAGAAUCCAUCCGAAGCUGCUGAGCAACUCAAGGGCAUCGUGAAUCUUGGAAGGCCACCAGGCGGCCGCCGAGCUGAACCUUUGUCUCCUGCAAAGGCCAGCAUCAAGCUGCUAGACGAAGGUGAAUCCAUGCCACAUGACUCAGAAGAAACGGUGCAGUCAGAGGCAGAACAGGAUUCAGCAAGCAGCUUUUCCCAUGCUAGUCGCCCACUACGACCUGAGCAAAGCUUGAUUGCAAGUCUCAGGCAGAAGGCAGCUGACUUUGCAAGAACGGGGGCAAAUCCAGAUUUGGUUGAGAGCAUGGCAGAAGCUUUGAGGCAUCAUCCAGGAACAGAGCGAGCCGCGAGGAUCCGGGAGAUGCGAAGUUGUGUCAUGGAUUUUGAGACACUCAUUCAGGAGGGAAAAGCGUCCGUCUCCAAUUGUAAUGAGUUGAUUCGGGCACAAGCGCUACAGGGUCGAAUGGAAGAGGCUGUGCAAACACAUGACUCCAUGAAGCUUCAUGGGUAUGAGCCAGACUCAGAGACCUUUGUGUCGCUUCUUUUGGGAGCUGCUCAACAUGGUGAUGCAGAGCUUGCUCGAAGGUUUUUCUUGAAAAUGAGGGAGCAGCUUGUAAGUGCAACUCCUAAGGUCUAUGCUGCACUUAUCCACGCACAUGUGCGGGCGGGUGACACUGCAUCAGGAUACUCACUUUUAAGGAAGAUGGAGGAUGAGCGGGUACAGCCAGAUGUGGUUGUUCACACAAUCCUGAUCAAUGGGCUUGUCCACGAAGGACGAUUGGAGACAGCGUGGGAAGAGUUUCACUCAAUCCGAACCUGGAAGCUGAUACAGCCUGAUGAAGUUCUCUUUACUGUGAUGAUAAAGGCUUGUGCGAUGGCAUCUGAAGCAGAACGUGCCCUGAAUUUGCUGGACGACUUGCGAAUAAGUGGUUUGUAUCCGACUGACAUUACCUAUGGAGAGCUGAUCCGUGCAAUGUCAAGCAGCCAAGAUCAUGCAAAGAAGGCCUUCGACUUUUACAGGCAGAUGCAGGCUGAGGACCUACCAAUAAGCAGCUUUGUUUUUGAGCAUUUACUGAGAGCUUGCGCACAGCUUGGAGACCCGAAGCGUGCAAAAACAACUAUACAUGAAAUGCGCGAGUACGGCCUUGUGCUAAGUCCUGUGAUGUACUGCCAUUUGGUCAGCUUGUUUGCAUCAGCCAUGCGACGCCCGCAUACUUCGGAGAACGAGAAGCUACAAAAUCUUCGCUAUGCUUGGAACGUUGUUGCAGAAGCUCGUCGUGCCUGUGAAAGUCGCAUCAACUGGACGAGCAUGCUGAAUGAAGUCCUUAGGGUAUAUGUGGCUGGUGGAUUUGCAGAGUUUGCAGUUGAGAUGCUUCCUCAGUAUGCUGAGUUUGGUGUGAAUCCUGAUGCAGACACCUGGGCGCACCUACUUCGCAUGUUUGGCGAUGAUCUAAAGGACGUUGGCCGCUUCUUCCUUCUGUGGGACACCGUUCCGCAGGACAUCAAACUUUCAGAUGACCUUUAUCACCUGGCCUUGGAAAUGGCUUUGCAGUCUCGAUCCUCCCAGCAAACCUGUGCAGUUCUUGAGCAGAUGUAUUCCGUGUCAGUCUUUCCAACCCCUCAACUUGCAGAGCGGUUAGCGAAAGCGGGACGCCAUGUCAUCCAGAUUCAUCAACAGAUCGGUAAGUUCAUUUCCUUGAACCGUGAUUUGAAGAUUGCGGCAGCAAAGCGAGAGACGGCCCUGCUGCAGACGCACAUGGAUGAGCGCGAGGCUUACUUGGCUGCAGACGGCCUGACUGUGAGAAGCCCCACGCCGGAACAGGAGUAUCGAGAUCGAUAUUUUGAUCAGCUUCACAAGCAGGGAGUGUUCAAGCGUCCCUGGCUUCCAUUUGGUGAAUAUUUGGCCUCCAAGCAGAAGGGUGGCGAGGCAUAUGCAAAGCGGCACGACAAGCCACGGCCAAAUCUUCUCUCAGCCAAUGGGCCGUCAUGACGGCAGCUGGAAAGUCGACAAA